AUGUGGCGAGGAUCGGUCCUUCUUACCAUUUUCAUCUGCCGUGGUGGCUUCGCCGCGCCUCUAGGCCACGACAAACUGCUGUCUGUACGUCGUCGGGUCGUUCGCGAAUUGCCGCCAUUAGCGAUCGCUACGGAGCUCGAGGAUCUAUUAAGCGCAGAGAACGCUCCGGGAAAGGAUCAGGCACUUAAAACGCGUAUGAAAAAUACAUCCGGGAAAUCAGACGAGGGAGGUUACUACAAGACGUACGGGAGCGACGCCGAGGGCGAGAAGGGUUACAUGAAGGCAAGCUACAGCAAGGGCAAUCAUGGUUAUAAGACCCUCGACACCUUCCACAAGCAGGAUGGCGACAAGUACGCAUUCGAGAAGCACACUGCCUACGGCGGAGCACGAGGUGACAAGAAAAGUAGCCACCACGACGAUGCCGACUCUCGUUCCAGGAAAAGCGGUGAUCACGAGGGCGCAGGUACCAUCGUCGAUACUCAUUACGCGGCUGAUGAGGUGGAUCUCGACGAUCAUGGCAAUGAACACGUCGAAGCCAGUGAUCACGGUAGCUAUUCCAGCAACGACGGUGCUUCCUAUACGGAUCAUGGACCAGAAUCCUCGAGUUACGGUCACAGUGAAAGCUAUACUGCUGGAGACGGAGACGAUGGUUCUUACCAAACCCACAGCUCCUACUCGACGAACUACGGCGACGAACAUGGAAACCAGGGAGGCCAUUACUAUUAA